AUGGGGAAGCGGGAUAAUCGAGUGGCCUAUAUGAAUCCUAUAGCAAUGGCCAGAUGGAGGGGCUCAACUCAAUCUACAGGCCCAACAAUACAAGAUUAUCUGAAUCGACCAAGGCCCACCUGGGAAGAAGUGAAGAAACAAUUAGAAAAUAAAAAGAAAGGCUCCAAGGCAUUAGCUGAAUUUGAAGAAAAAAUGAAUGAGAAUUGGAAAAAAGAAUUAGAAAAAAGUAGAGAGAAAUUAUUGAGUGGAAAUGAGAGCUCUUCUAAAAAAAAAGAAAAAAAGAAAAAGAAAAAGAAGAAAUCUUGUCAGUCUUCAUCUUCUUCAUCAAGCUCUGAUUCUUCAAGCAGUUCAGAUUCUGAGGAUGAGGAAAAGAAACAAGGAAAAAAGAGAAAGAAAAAGAAGAACCAUUCAUACAAAUCAUCAGAAAGCUCUACAUAUGAAUCUGAAUCAGAGAGCAAGGAAUCUGUGAAAAAGAAAAAGAAGUCAACGGAUGAAACAGAGAAAGAAAAGUAUAUUAGAAGUCUCAGCAAAAAAAGAAAGAAGACUUAUCCUGAAGAUAAACCCUCAUCAUCAGAGUACUCAUCAGAAUCAGAUUAUGAAGAGGAAGUGCAAGCAAAAAAGAAGAGAAGACAUGAAGAGCGAGAAAAAGCAAAGAAGAAGAAGAAGAAACAGCACAAGAAACAUAGUAAGAAGAAGAAAAAGAAGUCAGGUUCAAGUCACAAGUCAGGAUAACAAGGAAAAAAAUUAAGAUUUUCCUAUUUAAAAAAGCAAGGAUUUAAGGAAAUUUCAACUGUGAAUGUUAGGGCAUAUUUACCAAAAUGCA